AUGGCGGUGGCGAAAUCAAGUAAAAAAUUAUCUUGGUGUGAUCCGCAAUUGUGUCCGAAUGGGAAGCAUCAUAUUGCGUGCGGCCAUGAUGGUAAAUUCACGGCCGCCUGCCCAGAUGAUGCUGUCAUGAUCGAUUUACGUUCUUACAAAAAGGAAAUUCUCCACGAGCAUAACAGACGUCGCAAUUUCGUAGCGCUCGGCGAGUUGCCCGGCUAUUAUCCCGCCGCGCGCAUGGCCACCAUGACGUGGGAUGAUGAGCUGGCCUUUCUCGCUGCACUCAACAUGAAAAUGUGUUAUGUCGAGCACGAUGAUUGCAAUAACACGCCACGCUUCAAGAGUGUUGGACAAAAUUUAUCUGGCGUGGCUUACGAAAGGGAGGGAGUUGACAUCAGUGAAGUCAUAAGCCGUUCGAUGGGUUUGUGGUUUGGUGAAUACCCGCUGAUCAAUAGUAAUUAUAUAACAAAAUUUCGGGUCACAUCGAAUUUCGAAAAAUAUGGCCACUUUGCGGAAUUUGUUGUUGACCGUAAUACACAUGUCGGUUGUGCGAUGAUUCGUUAUACCAAUCCUUCAUUUCCUUUUUACCAUAUCUACAAUAUGGCCUGUAAUUAUGCCAGCAAAUAUGCACUGGAUGUUCCGGUCUAUAGCAUUGGCGCACCAACUUCGGAAUGUGUAACUGGCAGUAAUAGUCAAUAUCCUGGUUUGUGUUCUGCGAAAGAGAUAUACAAUCCUAACUAUGAAUAA